UAGAAGAAUCCAUUCGGAUAAAACGGGAUAAACUAGUUUUCAUCUGUGUCUUUCUCUGUUCUUCAAUAGCGAUUUCUAAAAUUAGGGUUCCUUUUCAUAGUGAUGGAAGCUACAAAUGAAGAAGGAAGUCUAUUGAGCUCAAUCAGACCACCAAGAUUAGAAGAUGCAGGUCUAGAAGAUUGUGCAUUAUCUCAUGAUUCCAUUAAAGAAGCUUUUUUCAAAGCUGCAAAUUCUCUUAAAUCUUGGGGUGGAACUGAUCUUGAUUCAGAAGAUGAAGAUCCCAGAGGAGAAUUAGGAUUGCCUGAUUCUCUGAUUGGUGUAAAACCAGCUUCUGAUCCUCCAUCAUCAUCUUGUUCAAAUGAAAAAGGGAAUGGUUUGCCUGAAGUGAUUGGCGAUGAAGUUUGUGUUGGUGGUGAUGGUAAUGAAAUUAGUGAGAAAGAAUCUGAUCGAAUUUUAGGUUUGAAUGUUCCUCAAGGUAAAAAAGAGGAUGCUUGUAUUGAUGGAUUGCAAGGGCUAAAAAUUGAUGAUGAUGAAGAUGAAGAUGAUGAAGAAAAAAGUGAAUCUGAGAAUCCCAUUUUAGUUGAAGCUUUAAUUUGAGUUUUAAAUUUCUAGUUUGUUGUUGCUGUUGGGAGGAUUCGAACUCCUGACCUGUAAGUGUUGUUUUGCCUCUGAAUGUUGUUUGUGUAAAUUUGGAGUUUGUAGACUUUGUUUGUUGUACCAAAUAAUCAAGAAAUGAAUCUGCUUCUUGUUUUGCUCUCGGAA